CUCACAGAGGUAGCUCCUCCGCCGGCAGCAACUCGGCGACCGCGGUCCAUGGACCGGAACCCCGGGCCCACGGGCAGGAACCCCGGCCGCGAUCGCCGUCUCCCCGCCCUAGGCUCCUCCUCCUCGCUCCCCACCGCCUCCUCCGGACGCCCGCGGGCCUCGCACCGCCACCGCCGGGCUCGCGGAGCCGCCCCGGGAGGCUGGGUGGCGGGUUCGCGGCUGCCGCCGGACUGAGGCCUACUCCGCCGCUUCUCAGUGCUAUUGUCCUGGGCCCGGCCCUGACCGGGCUCACCGGAGAGACGAGUGCGCCGGCUCCGCCGAAGAUGCCGGACCAAGCCCUACAGCAGAUGCUGGACAGAAGUUGCUGGGUGUGUUUUGCCACUGAUGAAGAUGAUAGAACAGCUGAAUGGGUGAGACCAUGCAGGUGCAGAGGAUCUACAAAAUGGGUUCACCAGGCUUGUCUACAGCGCUGGGUGGAUGAAAAACAAAGAGGAAACAGUACAGCCAGAGUGGCAUGUCCUCAGUGCAAUGCUGAAUACUUAAUAGUUUUUCCAAAGUUGGGUCCAGUUGUUUAUGUCUUGGAUCUUGCAGAUAGACUGAUCUCAAAAGCCUGUCCUUUUGCUGCAGCAGGAAUAAUGGUUGGCUCCAUCUAUUGGACGGCUGUGACUUACGGAGCAGUGACAGUGAUGCAGGUUGUAGGUCAUAAAGAAGGUCUGGAUGUUAUGGAGAGAGCUGAUCCUUUAUUCCUUUUAAUUGGACUUCCUACUAUUCCUGUCAUGCUGAUAUUAGGCAAGAUGAUUCGCUGGGAGGACUAUGUGCUUAGACUCUGGCGCAAAUACUCAAAUAAACUACAAAUUUUGAACAGUAUAUUCCCAGGGAUUGGUUGUCCUGUUCCUCGAAUUCCAGCUGAAGCUAAUCCUUUAGCAGAUCAUGUCUCUGCCACCCGAAUUUUGUGUGGAGCCCUUGUUUUUCCUACUAUUGCGACAAUAGUUGGUAAACUAAUGUUCAGUAGCGUUAACUCUAAUUUACAAAGGACAAUCUUGGGUGGAAUUGCUUUUGUCGCCAUUAAAGGAGCGUUCAAGGUUUACUUCAAACAGCAGCAAUAUUUACGUCAGGCACACCGCAAAAUUCUAAAUUAUCCAGAGCAAGAAGAAGCAUAAAACUGUGACUUCUCGUUGUUCUGCAGUCCUCUCAUUCUUAUGAAUCUGUUGUGUUGUUCUGAUUCCAUCAUUGAUGCACAGUAGUGGAGACUUGUAAUAAGCUGCUGCUCUCAUAUUUUUAAGAAAUAUAAUAAAGCACUUAGGGCAGGGGAAACCCUCUCAGUAAUCACGGAACCUAAGGAUGUGAUUUGUUUUCAUUGUUUUGUUAUGUACUUCUUUCAUGGCGGUCAUCUGAACCAUUAUCUUAGCAUGGUGAACCUGAGUUUUGUUCAUAUUUUCCUCAAGACAGAAAUGUAAAAAUCAAACUGCAAAUAUUUAAAAAUACAUAUGCUGUUUUAUUCAAAUGCCUCUUUUGUACAUUUCAUGUUCAGUGUUUUCUUAGAAUUAGCAACUCAAUGAAGGUACUGUGAGGAUUUUUCUCACUGGCAUAAUUUGAUUUAUAAGCUAAACAAGUAUAUGUUAAUAUGAGGAAAUGUAAAUUAGUUAUAAAUAAUUAACAAACCAAAAAUGUAUGUAAACAUUCAAAUGAUUAUCUGAACAAAUGCAGUUUUGUUGUGUUUUUCUUAACCCAUGUGACGUCCUCCAAAAUGUGUAGGGUAAAAAUUCACAGGGCUUCCAGAUCACUUUUUCACUAUUAAAUUUUAUUUAUAUAAUGUUGACAUCUCAGUGUGUGUGUGUGUGUGUGUGCGCGCCUGUGAGAGAGAGAGAGAGACAGACAAACUAACACAGAGACACAGAUAUCAAGUCCUUCCAUCACUAGAGAAAGUUUUUUAAAUUCAUAUUUCUAGAAAAUAGAACUGACAGUUUAUAGUAGUUUGAGCACAGAGAACGAUUUGCAGAAAAUCAAUAGUUAUUUUACUCUUCUCUCUCAUCGAUUCAGUUAUUCAGGUAUUUGUUGAUCACCUCCUGCUUGCCCAGGCACUAUGCAAAGUGCUGUGUGGGAUACAGUGGUGAAUACAACAGAGUUGGUUCCUCCUUUUAUGUAGUUUACAGUCUAAUUUCAACAGACAGAAAACCAGCAGUGAGUAAACCAAGGUGAGGCCUUGAGCUCUUUGUUUUUAUACCAGUCAGUGAGGAAUAAUUAUGAAAACAAGAAGUCUUGAGAAAAUAUUACAGUCAUUGUUUUUGUGAGAUUAUUAUGAGGAAAAAAAAUGACUAAUGUUUUUAAAUUUAAAUUGCUUGUCAUAUCGAGGCUAGCACCUUAAUAAUCACUGUAUAAGUAGUUUUAUAUUCAUUUUUCAAAAGCAGUUAUUUAUUUUAAGCUGUUCAGUAGUGGCCCUUUUAAUGUUCAGCGAACUGAAUGGUCUUGGAGUUAUUUUCAGGAAUUAAUAUUAAAAUUUUUAAAGAUAGUUCCAAAAACCCUAUUUAUUUACUAGUUCACAGUAUUUAAUGCAUGACAAUAUGAAUGUUCCCCCUACCAAUUAAGUGGCCACUUUUCUUUAGGAUUGUGCAAAUAUAGAUUGAGCUUUGUUAGACUGCAAUGAUGUAUGCUAAUUUAGUAAUUUUAAGACUGGUAUCUUUCUAUAGUAUGAAUGUCUUAAUUUUGAGUAAUAACAUGAAAUUUAUGUGAAUGACUAUUGAACAUUCAAAGUUGUAUUUACUUAGGAAGGGAAUAUUGACUGACAGCCUUAUUAAGAACCCUGCUACAGUUCUGAAGGGGAAAUACAAAAAUCUAUGAUUAUAUAUAAAAAUAGAUUAUAUAGCUAUAAUUAUCAAGUAUGUUGGCUUUUCCUUUAAUUUUCGAUAUGAAAAGACGUUAUUUCCUGCAUAAUUUUGUUAUACAAAACAACUUCUGGCAGCCUUUACUAAAGUUAUACAAGCACAUAGUUCUCCAUUUAAUACUUUAUGCCCAAAAUGGGGGACUAACUGCUUGGGUUUGUUUGGCAUCAGGGCUUAUGAGGCCAGAGGAGCAGCUCUAAUCCUUUGGGGGCAGGGAGAAGGAGUUUCUAGGGCUCUGGGGGGAAUCGCAAGUGCCUGGGGACCAGAGGAGCCUCAGCCCCGGGAUGGAACAUUGGAAAUCUAAAGAGCCUUAGCUCAAGAAGUACCAUGUACCAGCCUCUUCAGAAAGUGGCCCACACCACCACAGCAACAAAAUCAUGGGCUAACUAAAGUUGGGUGGACCUGGGUUGAAAUCCUAAUUCUGCUUUUAAUAAUUAUAGGUAUGACUUUGACCAAGCAACUUACCUCUAAGCCAUGGUCUUCCUCAUCUCUGAAAUAUGAGUAAUACUUUGUUUCAGAAGACUGGUUCUAGGAUUAACUGAGAAAUUAAAGGAACAGAGACACCUUAACUAAGCUCUAAAUAGCCCCUACAGAGUAGUAAUGUCUCAAUUGCUGAACUCUAGGAAGAGGGAAUGCGGUAGUAAGAGAAACACCAGGGGACAGAUUAAAGGAAUGCUCUAGACUUUGGGGAUGGAUGGGUAUAUUUGUGUUUUCCAAUUUAUUUUCACAUUGCUUUACUGUGUUAUUUCUAUAAAUGUUAAUGUUUUAAACCUCUUUUAUAAAAUUCAGUGACAACUAGUAGGAUUCUCUUGUUUGCAGAAAUUAACUUAUCUCAAAAGUGGCAGAAAAUAUUGUUCAUCAUUACAUGAUUAUCAAAUGACUGUGAAGAAUAUAAAAUUAAACUGCGUGACUUAAUUAGUCACUGCCUUGCUAACUGUGCUGUAAUUUUUUUAAAUGUCUUGUUUUUAACAUAGACUAUCUCAACACUGGCUGGAUUAGGUUAAAUAAAGAAUUUUUAUGUUC